GUAAAUGAUAAUAUUUCAAAUAGAACUAGUGAGGAAUUAAAUAUUAUCGUAAAUAAUGAUGAAGUUUUUAGUGAAAAAGAAUUAGUUAAAGAAAAAGAAAAUAAUAGACAUGCAACAAAAACAGCAAGUCAAGAUAAACAAGAAUUAUUAACUUUAUUACAACAAGAAAAAAUUGAACAUAUAUUUCAACUUAACAAAUCAGUAUUUUUUAAAAAUAAUGAAUAUAUUGAAAAUAAAGAAGGAUAUAUUGUAUCUGGUCGUGAUUUUGCAACAAAUAUUCUUUCUAAUGCCAAAUUAAAAAUUUUAUUAACAGCUAAUUUUAAAACACAUGUUCAAAGAAGGUUAAAUCAAUUAAAAAGUAAUGAUCAUAAUACUAUUCAUUUAGAUAUAAUUAAAUGA